CGAUUGCUUUAGAGGGAACCAGACCCUGUAGAUCUCGGAAAAGCCGCGAAUCGCCAUGCAUUAGCUACCGUCGUUCGAGGGCGAUGACUCUCGACUGUUUACUCACACGUUGUUCGCGAAGACCCGGGUCCCUCUCGUUGGUCAACGCCUCCAUGGUCAGAUUCCUUCCGUUUCAUGGCUACAUGUGCUGUUCGCUUGUGGGCUCUGGCGCUGUCCAUCUCCGUAAAAUCUCUGGAGUACCUUGUCAUAAAGUCCCUGGAUCAUCCAUCAGGAUCGGAAUUAUAAGUCGGGGGGGUUCUACUAUUACCGAACGUUCUUUUCCUCAUUCGUUACCUGAAGAUGAGGAGAUUUUGUGGUUGCCGACCCUAGUAAUAAAAAUUGUUGACAAUUGUGUCCCAUUAAACAAGGUGAUAGUUAUGACAGUCCGCAGUGGUGUUUCUAUGCUCGUCGAUGCAGAUUUGGUCUCUCAGAUGAAGCUGUUACACUGACUCCCACUCCUGGGCUCGGUGCGAUCGAUUUUGAUUUACCUACCUAGGUAGGGAUCUUCUUUUCCUUUUUCUUCUUCACCGAUAUAUCCCAUAACGCUCAUAUCCGCUGUUCCCCACAUGGAACAACCAGAAACUACAGAGAAUUUGAAGCUGCUGUCUACCCAGCGCAAGCUGUAACUCACCGAUUGUGUUCUAUUCUUGUGCCCUAUUAGCAAAUCGCAUUGGUUCCAUAAAUUGAUUUACGAUACUCGGAGCCACUUUUUGAUGGCCCAUGCUGCUGUUUUCCUCGCUAUUACACCUUACCUACCUUAGUUUCGAGCAUCUCGCACCAGCGGGGUUGUAUGGGAAUGCUCUUCUCUUUCUCCUGUCAUCAUAUGAGUUCUGCAUGAUCCUUCCAUUAAUCACCAUACCAUUCCUUGUUCAGAGCCACCAUUUUGCACGCCAGAUCUUGCUUCUAUUGUCGACAGCCUCGGGCCCCGCAGCAAGCAUUAGUUAAUUAAAGCUGGAGUGUUGGUUGAUGAACGACCCCUCUUGAGCUGUUCUCAAAUCAGGAAUUGGCCUGAAGCCUUGCUUGCUGGAUACUUCAAACAUCCAUUCGUUGCAUAAACACCACCGCCACUGCAACAGCCCAUCCCGUCUCCAUGUUCCAGCCGUAUGGUGCCCCCAGUGUUCGGCAUCCGCCAUCUGCGGCCCUUGGCAUCACCAUCAGCUUCAACUUCAACUUCCAGGUCUAUCUCUGUGCCUGCCUCUUCUUCAGCUUCAGCUUCUAGCUCCGUGCUCAAGGCGGCCACAUUUGUUGUUUCUAAUGCUGCAGCAAUAGUAGGAGCUCCUUCACCUAAAGCUUCUGCCAUUUCUCAUGGACACUGUCAUAUUGAGCACUCACUAUACCAUGGCUUCUCUAUCCGCUCAUUCCAACAUCCACCAUCUCCCCAUCGUCCUCUCCAAGCCAGGGGUAAAAAGACCACCACCACCAUAAAGCUCUCCGAUUUGCCUCAGGGGCUUAUUCAACCGAAGCCAGUAUCUCCUCUACCAACGUCAUCGUCAGUUUCAUCUCCCCACGAUGAGUCGACAGAGGCUUUGCCGCUCCCGCUGCCGCCAUUACCCCAAGAUCCUCCCGCGUAUCCCACCGUGCUGCUUCAAGCCCGCCAGAACAUGCUCAAGUUUGAUAACUGUGUGUUGCUGACGCGAGUGGGCGGUUUCUAUGAGCUCUACUUUGAGCACGCUGAGGAGUACGGGCCCCUGUUAAACAUCAAGGUAGCUAACAAAAAGACAAAUGCUGGUCAUGUCCCCAUGGCAGGUUUCCCCUUCUUCCAGCUCGAUCGUUUCCUCAAAAUUCUCGUUCAAGAUCUCGGUCGCCAUGUCGCGAUCGCUGAGGAGUAUCCAAACUCUCCCACAGCGAAGGUCAGGUCAGGUGGGUUGAUGCAUGAUCGUCGAGUUGCUCGUAUCAUUACUCCCGGAACUCUAAUAGAUGAGAAUUUUAUGGAUCCAUAUGCCAACAACUACGUGAUGGCGAUUCAUAUAGACCCAGGCACCAAAGCCACAAAUACCAUCACUAAUGUAAAGGCCGUUAUCGGCCGAGUGGCAGGUUCAGAAGGAGGACUAGGGGGCCAAGGACCCGAAUCAGCCCACCCAGCACCAUCAGCUGUUGGCGUUGGCCGAGGUGCUGGACAGUCUCAGGGGUUCCGAGACGCCGUGCCACUCGGCCUGGCAUGGCUUGAUCUCUCAACUGGUUACUUCUGCACCCAAGAAGCCAAUCUUGCAUCCUUACCGACGAUCUUGUCCCGACUAUGCCCGCGCGAGCUUCUCCUAGACCAGGCACUGCAGUCCUGCCCUGACAAUGGCCUAUCUGACCUCCUCGCUGAGGAUCGUCACAUCAUCUCAUACGCACCCCGCCCGCAUGAUUCUUCGCUGUUUCAUCCGGAAAACUGGACGCCCAUGCUGGAGUGUGCCCUAGCUGAACAUGAAGCAUCCGCCUUCUCGCCAGCUGAGGUACACGCUGCCGGCUUCCUUCUUGGUUAUGUCAAGGAUCGGCUGCAAGGCAUGAGUAUGAAGUUGCAACCUCCGCUAAGGAACAAAGACAUGCAGGUCAUGGCUGUCGAUAAAAAUAGCAUGCGUGCUCUUGAGAUCAAGCAAACCAUUCGUGAUGGUGUGUUCCGGGGUAGUUUGCUGCAUGCCAUUCGUCGCACUGUUACUAAAAGCGGUGCUCGACUUCUCAACGAGUGGUUGAGUGCACCGUCCACGUCUCUUGAGCUCAUCACUAGUAGACAGGAUCUCGUCACCCGCUUUAUCGACGAUGUAAACCUGAGUGACUCCGUAAUCCUCUUGUUGCGUAGGAGUCACGACUCUCAGCGCCUCGUUCAGAAGUUCACACUUGGCCGUGGCGAUGCUGAUAACCUCCUCGAUUUGGCCAGUACUAUCGAUGCGACCAAGGAUAUCGUGAAUCUCUUGAAAAGGGCGAACGCUGCAUCUCGCAAGUCAGAGCACCACUGCCUAACUUCAUUGAUAUCUCGAAUCAGUCUCACGCAGCCCCUGAAACUUUCCCAGCGCAUCAGAGAUGCAAUUGAUGAAGAAGGUAUCGAGUUACAGCAUGAGGUCCAAGACUCCGAGGCCAGCCAGAUGUUAGCCCUUGCUGAAAAUGUCGUUAGCAACGAAGGUUCACAGGACGAUGCGGCAUCUCUUCCUAAGGGCAAGCGAAAACGGCCCGUCAGUAUUCGGGAUUAUUACGCCGAAGAGAAUGGAGCUUGGAUCAUGAGACCUGCUGCGAGCCCAAACUUGACAAAGCUUCACACUGAUCUCGCGACUUUGACAGGAGAGAAAGCGACACUCAACGAGACCCUCCGCGAAAGCCUCAAUGCUCCAAGUUUAUCCCUUAAGUGGACACCUGGCCUUGGCCACAUUGCCCAUAUCAAGGGCAAAGACGCUCGAAAUCUCGCUGAUGUACAAGCUCUGUCCUCGAGCCGUUCUACGCGAUCUUUUCACAUAUCCGAAUGGACACUUCUCGGGCAGCGUAUGGACCAAGUUCGCGCCCAGAUUCGUGCUGAAGAACAAGCCGUGUUCUACUCCCUUCGAGAGCUUGUCGUCAAAAAUCUUGUCAAGCUGCGCCGUAAUGCCGCCGUCCUCGAUGAACUUGACAUCACAACCUCCUUCGCUAAGUUGGCUCGCGAGCAGAACCUCGUCCGGCCCGUGCUGAACAAUACGACUAGUCAUACCAUCAUAGGCGGCAGACAUCCCACUGUUGAGGGCGGCCUAUUUGAGCAGGGUCGAAGUUUUGUGAGGAACGACUGUCUGGUUGGAUCACCAACUGACGGCCGGAUCUGGUUGAUCACAGGUCCCAACAUGGCCGGUAAAAGUACGUUUCUACGCCAGAAUGCUCUCAUCACGAUCUUGGCCCAGAUCGGUUGCUACGUGCCUGCAUCAUACGCAGAACUAGGGAUUGUGGAUGCUAUCUUUAGCCGAGUGGGCUCAGCUGACAACCUCUACCGCGAUCAAAGCACAUUCAUGGUUGAGAUGCUGGAAACAGCAGCUAUCCUCAAGCAGGCAACACCGCGGUCUUUCGUCAUCAUGGAUGAGAUCGGUCGAGGUACCACGCCAGAGGACGGUACAGCUGUCGCCUUUGCAUGCCUGCAUCACCUCGCGACCGUCAACCAAUGCCGCACCCUUUUUGCGACACACUUCCACUCUGUAGCCGACUUGGCUCAAGAAGAGGGGUUGUGUCCAGCUGAGGCAGGUGUUGUUCAGACAUAUUGCACCAAUGUAGUCGAGGAUGGUGAGGGAGGUUUCUUCUACAAUCACAAACUUCAGAGAGGUAUUAACCGACAAAGCCACGCACUGAAAGUUGCAAGGCUUGCUGGGCUACCGGAUCGAGCCAUUGAGGUAGCGAAACGUGCCUUGAAACAAGAUAACUUCAUAUAGGUGACUUUUGGUAGGUAUUGAUGGUGAAGUCGCGCCUCUCGCAGUGAGGGGCGGCAGGCAGGGCCAAUAACAAAGAUUUAAAGACUUCAUGAUAUCUUCUUGCAAGCCAAUCGCAUCCAAAGCUCAUCAAUUUAUGAGAUAACGAAAAGUAAGACAAAUUACAAGGCGUGAGAAUGCAAUGGAUAGUAUUGAUCGAUAUUGGUCUAUCGUCAAACUCUAAUCCGUGCCUGGAUAAUGUAAUAGGAGUUCUAAACUUCCAAUUAUAAUAUAAUAUUAGGCUAUAGGAAGAUUAACUAGGAGUCCAAGUUUUUUCCUGGUACACAUGGUUAGGUAUUACCAUUCUUCUCAUAUCCUACAGUUUAGCUAGGCUAUUGGAUUCAUUUAAGAAACAUGCACGGACAUCACACCAUGGAAGCUUGAGAACAAUCGAGGGCGUGGAGACCUGUAUGAUUUGACCAUUAGCUUUGAUACUCUCAAAAAACAACUUGUCAAAAUAAAAUGAUUGUGAU